ACACACGCUACAUAAGCCAGACACUUCCUGGUUGCUGCAUUCGUGUCGACUGUCCAGAGUCCGCGAAUAAAGCAGCUAAGGAUUAAAUCAGCUAAGGACUAAAGCAGCUAAGGACUAAAUCAGCUAAGGACUAAAGCAGCUAAGGACUAAAGCAGCUCACCUGCAGCAGCCGCAUUCCUGCACCUUUGUUCAGACAUGUCUCGUUACAGCUUUGGACUGGAGCCGCUCUCCUGCCACACCUGGAACAGGGACAAAACACAGAUUGCAGUGAGUCCCAACAACAACGUGGUGAACAUUUAUGAGAAGAGAGGAAGAGAAUGGAGUAAAAUCCAUGAGCUGAACGAGCACAGUGGAAGAAUCACAGGAAUUGAUUGGGCACCUGUGUCCAAUCGCAUCGUGACGUGCGCCUCGGACCGUAACGCUUACGUGUGGACUCUGAAGGACGGCUCCUGGAAACCCACCUUGGUGCUCGUACGCAUUAACCGUGCUGCUACCUGUGUCAGGUGGUCACCUAUGGAGAACAAGUUUGCUUUGGGCAGCAGCGCUCGACUCAUCUCCGUCUGCUACUUCGAGAAGGACAACGACUGGUGGCUGAGUAAACACAUCAAGAAGAACAUUCGCUCCACCGUCCUCAGCCUGGAUUGGCAUCCAAACAAUAUCCUGCUUGCUGCUGGCUCUGCAGACCUCCACUGCAGGAUCUUCUCCACCUACAUCAAAGACAUCGAGGACAAACCAGGACCGAGUUCUUGGGGUUCCAAGAUGCCUUUUGGGGAGAUGAUGCUGGAGAAGAAGGACUGUGGGGGAUGGGUGCACAGCGUGUCUUUCUCCCCAAGUGGGGACCAGCUGGCCUGGGUGGCUCACAACAGCAGCAUCAGUGUGGCCGAUGCCACCAGGAACAAGGAGACCAGUCAGCUGACUUUAAACACUCUUCCACUGCUCAGCAUCCUCUAUGUAGGCCCCACCCACAUUGUUGCUGCUGGGCAUGACUGCUGUCCUUACCAGUUCUCCUACAAAGGAGCAGGUGCUCUGGAGUUUGUCAAGAAGCUAGACAUUCCAAAACAGUCUACCAAAAGUGGCGUUUCAGCAAUGCAGCACUUCAGGAACUUGGACAAGAAGGCGACUGACGACGACAGCAGCAACGAGUUGGGCACGCUUCACCAGAACAGCAUCACGCAGCUGUGUGCUCUAAAGGGAACAUCCACUGUGGACAAGUACAGCAGUGUGGGUCUGGACGGAGCCAUGGUCAUCUGGGAUGUUAAGCCCUGAAAUAAAGACAGCGGUGGUCCUGCUUCGACAAAUGAAUACUGCAAUACUCCAACACCACAGUACUACAGUAAUACAGUACUACAGUACCUUGCUGUGGAUUACAACUGCAGUAUACAAUUGGCUUUGAUGAAGUAAAAUGUGAUCACAAAUUGUCAAUAAAAACUACAUUUGAAACAA